AUAUUUUUGCUCUCUCCGUCAUUGAUAACUGCGCGGUACUCAAUGCUCUCCGCGUGCCAUCUCGCAUUCAUUUUGGUUUAAAAGAGUGUUAUGUGAAGUGAACGACGCCUCCUGACAGUGUCUUGGGCUCAGCAUCCUGCUGUCUUAAAGUAAGUACGGGUCAUCUCAAAUAUCAAACUUCGGCCACAUCCCGAUCCGCCAGCGUCGCACCGUGACAUCGGCCGAUAGCUCCUUCAACAUUGCACAAUGGCAGCAGAUGAGAGUGGCUGGAAACCGCUGCACAGAUGCGCAUACAUGAACGACAUCAACGGUGUCGUGCAACUACUGCAAAGAGACCCGUCGUUGGCCAGAGAAGGGGAUGACAACGAAUUAACACCGUUGGCUAUUGCGGCGUACAAUGGUCACAUGGAGAUUAUGAAAGAGCUCCUGCCCCAUUCAGACGUGAACGCGAAAGACUCGAACCAUCGAACUGCGCUGCAUUGGGCGGCAUUUAUGGACAAACCUGGAGCAGUCCAAUGGCUACUCAACGUACCAGAAAUCGACGUCAACAUUCAAGCAAAGAACGGCUUGACAGCAUUGCACAUGGGAGUUGCCAGCAAUGCUAAGGAGGUCGUUGAGUCGCUCAUCAAGAAAGAAGGUAUCAAGCUGAACGUUGGCGAUGAAAAUAAGCUGACACCCCUGCACUGGGGAGGGAUUCGUGGGUUCACGGAGGUUGUCGGCCUACUUAAGGACGCAGAUCAGAACGCACCGGACAAAAUAGGGAAGACUCCGCUGCAGUGGGCUGCCACAAACGGACACACUGAAGUAAUAAAGAAAAUGAAAGAAGUUGAGAGCACAAACGUGGAUGCCCUGGACGAGAAGAAUCGCACGGCGUUGUACUGGGCAGCGUACAAUGGAAACACGGAGUCCGUGAAAGCGCUUCUCGAGGCUGGUGCAAACAUAAACGCUCGAGACAACAAAGGUUUAACAGCCUUGCACGUAGCCGCGACGAAUGAACACAAGGCUAUUGUGGAGUUACUCAUAGAGCAUAAAGUCGACGUGAAUGUUCAAGAUGAAUUCAAGAGGAUAGCUCUCCACUGGUGCUCCUAUAUGGCUUACCCAGACAUCGUGAAGUUACUUCUCGAUGCGGGAUCUGACGUUAACGUUCAAGACAAAGAUGGCUACACGCCGCUGCACUGGGCGACUAUGGCUGGCGACGAAGUGAUUGUUAAGUAUCUCCUUGACAAGAACUCAAACGUCGACCUCAAGGACAAACGAAAUCGUACGGCGAGGGAUCUAGCAUUUUCGCUCGAUUACCAGCGUAUAGCCGAAUCCAUCGACAAUUACGGGGCUAGUACCUCUGGUGCUGCUGGAUGUUCCACUGGUGGUAACGAAAUUGAGAUGGAUUGAGGAGAUGUCCCAGCCGCUUUUUGGCGCUGCCAUUGCACUCUUCUGCUCUGCCAUCAGAUUUCCUGGACGGUGUCUUAUAGUUGCGACGUCAUCGUACCAUAUGUACAUCUAAGAUAUACAGCCACAUUUAGUCAAAAUUAUACAAGCUGCAGCACGGUUUCUCAUGCGGUUGCCUCACCCUGGCUGUAUAUGAAAACGAAAGAAAGACUUGACCGACAUCAUUGGUAGCUGGUCAAAUACAGUGAAGCCUCGUUAAUAUGACCCCCGUUAAUGUGAUAUAACCGCUUUAUGACCGUUUUCUCUGGAACCGUCCCGCGGCCAUGUAAAUCCCUUUGGUUAAUAUGACAAUCCGUUUAUCGGACAAUGACCAAUUUUUGAGAAGCGAACUCUGAAAUGUGCCAAGUAAGUCACUUUUUUACCCCACCAACAUGAAGAACGUGCCGAAUUUACUCAAAGUCGUGAUAAUUGACAGUGAUACUCAGGAUACAUCCAAUCGGGAAAAAUAGCCGAACAUCAUGCUUCUCGGAGCACUCGAGUAUGAGGCGCGAGGAGUUUUUGAGCGCAAUCGCUCUCAGUCCGACGAAACGAGGUUGGAAACCCAGCCCGUAGUAGAAAAAGUGGCAGUACCUGAAAUUGGAAGAGCGAAGGUAUGGUCACAGCCGAAGCCGGACGGGAUAAGCUAUGUUUGUGUUAUCUCUUUCUACCAUGCCGGUGUGGGCUGGGUUUGCAACCUCCUUUCGAACUGACAAUGAUUUCGCUGAAAAAUUCGUCGCGCGCAAUCCUCUGCGAGCUCCGUAGAGCAUGAUUUUCAGCUAUUUUUUCCGAUACGAUAGCUCCUCAAUAUGCCUGUCAAUUAUCAUUAAUUUGAGUAAAUUCGGCACGCUCUUCACAUUGGUGGGGAAAAAAGUGACAUUUACUUGGAAAAUUUGAGAGUUCACUUCGCAAAAAAUUACAUAAUUAAACUUCGGUUACAUGACAUGCACAUGAGGAUGUGGCAAAAAUUAGUAAGAAUAAACAUCGUUGACCUCAUGA